AUGCAUCGUUCAGCCAAGACAAGACAUUCUGCUAUUGUAUUUCUGUUGUCAAUUGCCUUGCUUUUGGAUCAAAACGUAGUUGUGCAGGCGUGUUCAGUUAUCGGGAUAAGCCCACCGGAAGAACUGGUCGCGCAAGCUAAUGUAAUUGUCCGUGCAAAUGCUGCCAGCUACGAGAAAGAGCCAGGGGAAGAAUGGUAUACGACUGGAAUUCCAACUUCGAUAGUUAAAUUUGAAGUAAAAGAAACGCUCAAAGGCAAGAACAUAACUGCCGAGCCGCUGUUGAUUUUCGGAUAUUUGAACAACUAUGACGAUUACAACGAUCAUUCGCCGCCUUACACAUUCGUUCGACCAAAUGGUCGCGCCGGCAGUUGCUUUGCUAAUACAUACAGAAAAGGUGCUGAUUUUUUAUUGUUUUUGGUACGAGAGAAGAGUGGCGAAUUGACGCCGUAUUGGAGCGCAUUGGCUCCUGUCAAUGAACAACUUCGUUCAGUCAACGACAAAUGGUUGCAAUGGGUCAAGAAAACAGUUGCGUCCGCCAAAUAA